UUUUACAUUCCGAUUCUAAUGUCUUACUAUUGUGACAAAUGAAAUUGUUGUUAGUCGCUCGCUCACCACUGGCCAGCGAGCAGUUAAAAAAGGAGCCAUGAACAGACAUUUUUUCAUUCGGGUGGGAUUCUUUGCAUGGGAUGCUACAUCGGGGACAACUCGGAAAAUAUGGAACAAACCCUGUCCCUAUAUCCAAAACGGGAUGCGCUUUUCUCAAAUAGAAAUAAUAGGGGUUAUAGUUCUGUAUUUUAAGGGAUGGGUGGCAAACCUAGGCUCCUCUCUUGGGCACAAGUUGUGUUGGUGCAUCUCGGUGGUCUCUCGUUGUUCCUCCUGUAUUGCUCUUUUCCAUGUUUUUGGGGCACUCAGCGAUGAGGUGUAAAAAUCAAUCCUGCUGCCUAAUGAAGAGCAACGUCGGUUUUUAAUGCGUUUUUUUAAAUCCGAUUCAUUGAUAAAUCGAAAAGAUAAUCGACCAAUUGAUUAUCAAAAUAAUCGUUAGUUGCACCCCUAAUUUAAUAUAAUGUAUCUGCAUGAUUUUAUGUUUACACCCUCCCUUGCGAAUGCAAAAAUAUUCUUGUUGUCUUUUGCAUCAUUUUUACAAACAUUUCCCUGAACGAGAUGAAGACGAAUAUUUGACCACAGAACGCGAGACCAGUUGAGCUAGUAACAAUGGCUCUGUGAGGUGUGUAGGAUGUCACCAACAUGCACUGUGUGGCUGGGUGGUGUGGUGGCAUUAGAUGGUAUCAACUGCUAUAUGACGGCCUCACACUGUUAGAACACGACCACACAACACAAGCACGUGGUUCAUGUCUCUGAAGCAAUGAGAUGUCAUCGAAACCAACGUGUAAGUUUCACAUCAAAACCCAGCAGAAAUAAUGUGCCGUAAUUGGUAGAUGCCCCACAAGAGCAUCUCAUAUGUUAUUGACAUGACUGAAGGAGGAAAAGGAAGUGUGGAGACAAGAGGGGGCCGACUCAAAAGAAAGAAGAAAGAUUUUGUUAAAGCUAACCAAGUACUACAAGAUAUUUAUCAAUCCUAACUAAAUACUUGGAUUCUUUCCUAGACUCAAUUCAGCAGUUCCCAAAAAGUUAGGUAACAUGUUACAUGUUACUCCUGCUCGUUCAUAGAAGCAAUCCAAAUGUGAUUCUAUCUGGAAACCUGUUUUUUCAGUUGGAUCAGUUCAACUUCGUGGCACUUUCUUCCUGAAUAUGAUCAUUACAUAACAAAUAUAUGUUGUCAUAGUAUGUGACAGCAAAAGGGCGUAGUGGUGGCGUACUAAAAGAAGUCAGAGGACAUCUGAGGAAGUGUUCAGAAAAUCGUCCGUCUGAGGAGGAACGUUGGCUUGCAUGAAGCGGCCUUCAGGAAUGCCGUUCCUCCUUCUAGCUCCCAGCGUAAAGCGGGGUUUGGUGUGAGUGCAUCCUGGAUGUGUCAUCCAUGGGAGAGUGUGGAAAUACUAGGCAGGAAGGAGUUGCUCUUAAAGGGGAAGGACAGCUGUGUUCUUUGCCAUGACUCAGCCAUCAGCACUGCGAAGCCUUGUGUUUCUACUUGGCCUCUCCGGGAUUUGUGCGGGAUUCGAACGCGAGAACUGCAAAAACUACGACCUCCAGUUCGAGAGGGUCUUCUCGGUCCCCGGGGAUGCGGCCAUGCUGAACAGCACCUUGGUGUCUCCAGAAGUCUUCAACUUCACGAGCGUCCCUUACAACAUCAGCUGGUACGACCCGGGGGGCCGAGAGAUGAGCAACCAGAGAGGCCACGUCCUGGUGAGCGGGGCGACUCUGUGGUUCCUGGACCUGAAGAUAGAGGACUCGGGGGACUAUGUGAGCAUAGUGAGAACCCCGUCGAGGUGCUUCAGGCAGGCCACCAAGCUGGUGGUGGAGCCGCCACUACCCGGGGAGUGCGGCCGGCCGAGGAAAGCACUCCAAUCGCUGACCAACAUGGUGACGGAUAUCCUGAGCUGCCCUCUGAAGGACUACAUCAGCAAACUGGACAGCUACAACGUCUCCUCCCACGUCACGUGGUACCGAGGAUGUGAGCGCAUAAUGGACAGGACAGACAGGUACACCUACCUGGACACAGCCAGACUAAAGAUCGACGGAGUGGAACGCAAAAACAACCACUACUACACCUGUACGCUGAGAUUCACCCUCGGCGGUAUGGAGCGAUCCGUGUCAGAGACCAUUGAGGCACUGGUCUCAGAAAAGUACUCUUUGGCUCCACAAGUCCGCGAACCCGCCAAUGAGAUCAUCAAGGCACCGUUUGGCUCCAAUUUCAGCAAGCGGUGCCUGGUGUUUGUGCCGUGUGUCGGGAAGCCCGAUGUUGACGUUUUUUGGAGGAAAGGCGAAUUUUCAUAUAUUUUCAAAACCAGCAUUGACCGGAUCUACACCUCCGAAAAACGGACGUGGAACCAGGAGAGGCCCAUUACCGGGGUGUGGUUGGAGCGGAUGCUGAUGAUCCCCAAGCUGAUGGAAGAGGACUUCAACAUCAACUACACCUGUGUUGUACAAAGUUCCAGGGGCAUUGCCACGAGCUAUUUCACUCUGCUACCAGCAGAUCCCAACGUAAUAGUCCCCAUUGGAUCGGCGCUGGGUGGAGUGAUGGUGCUCUUCAUUGUCAGCAUCGUCACCUACUACGUUUUUAAGCUGGACAUCGUGCUGUGGUUCAGGAGAACCUUUCCAAUCCUCUACACAAACACAGAUUGUGAUGGGAAGUCGUACGAUGCCUACGUGGCGUACCCUCAGCCCUGCGCCCUCGGAUUCAGCAAACAGGUGGAGGCCUUUGCCCUCUGCACGCUGCCCCAAGUGCUGGAGAUGUCCUGCGGAUACAAACUCUUCAUCGCGGGCCGGGACUGCAUGCCCGGGGCCGCGGUCGUGGACUCCGUAGAGGAGAACAUACAAGCCAGUCGCCGUCUCCUCUUGAUCUACACCGCCGCCACUUUCACCGGCAAGAGACACGCCAGCAGCACGGGCAGCAAUAACAACAACAACGAUGUCUCUCAGAGUGAGGACGUAUACUCAGACACCAGGCAGCAGCUGGAGUGUGUGACGGCGAUGCACAGAGCGCUGCUGGAGAGGUCUCUCAAGGUGAUUCUGGUGGAACUGGAACCGAUCUCCCCGGCUCAGCUGGCUCUCUUCCCCGAGUCGGUGCGUCACCUGAGGAAGAAGCAGGGCGCCGUGCGCUGGUGGAAGAACCCGAACGCGAGGACGAGCGAGGACGAAGAGACGGGUGGCCCCGCCGCGUCCCUGUCCCCCUCCUCCCGGUUCUGGAAGGAGAUGAGGUAUCGCAUGCCGGUGAGGGGGAAGAGAGGGACGUACCCUGAAAAAACAGCCCUGCUGAGCUUGUGAUGAGUCUGGACCGGAGACGAGCUGCUUUCAGCUUGGUGUCGUAAACCACAUUUACUGCUGGGUACAAAAACAAGGUUUUGGUCUCUACAGGUUGUGUUCACACCGCUGCAAGGAGGCUGGGCUCAAUCUGUUUGAAUUAUAUCUUAAUGUAGCGCGUGGGCUCUUUGAGGGACAAAUGGGCGUCUUCUCAGCUGGCCUGCGGUCGGCUCCGGCUCCUUAGCGCGUUGCUAGAGUGGGAAGGUUGACGGAGACACUUUGAGCCUCGCAGCAGAGGGACGCCAUUAGAAAGCUUCUCUUCAUGUGAAAGCCCUUCAAGUAGCAUCACAGGACGCUUUGCUGAGACAGCAGGUCACGUGUGAUCAUCGGGGCUAAAUGGACACAGAGGAGACUGACUUUAACAUGUACGUAAGACAAAACGUGUAAAUAUGUGUAAGAACGAAAGUACCUCCUGCUGAGUAGUAAGCAAACUGAAAUUGAUAUUAAAUCAAUGCAAUUAAUUCAUCAUGCAGUUAUUGAGCCAUAGCUAAGAAAAUGUGAAGAGUGAAAGACAGGAGAGCAACAUGUGUGACAGAAAUGUAUAUUCUAAUCAUGGAAAAAAGACACAUGUCAACACAAUGUGUGAAAACGUUUCCAAUGAGUGUAAUCGACCGGUUGUCUACUCUGUCAAUAAAUGGAACAUCCCAUAAACUACACAUUUCUCCUUCUUUCUU